AAACAAAACACUCCACGUGCAUUUGUUUAUCAAAUAAUUAUCACAGAAAAACAAUGUUUCACACAAUACGUAAAGUAAAAAAAUACAGGAAACUGUUAAAAACUGGUGGAGUUAGAAAACGUAAAAAGUUACGAGGAACUGUCACAAAGAGAGAUUUUAUAGCAUGUGAAAAUCCAGAAUUUCUCAGUAAAGAACAGACCAGAACAAGAAGGCUAAAUAAAAGUGUGAAUGUUUCUGGUAAACGAAGAAGAAAAAUGAUGAAGAUAUUAAGUAGACAAGCAUUACCUACAAGAUCCACAGGAUCUGCACCAGAAUUAAUGACGAGUUCACAGUCCAAAAAGCAACCACAGAAGUCUAAUAAAAGUAAAAAGAAAACUGGAAAAAAGAAAACAGAGCCUGUAGAUUUAUCUACUCCAGAAGACAGCGAGAUGGAGGAUGAAGAAAUGCAAAUGAUGAUGAUGAUAAUGAUGAUGAUAAUGAUGAUAAAAUUCAAGAAGAGAUGAGUGAAGAUGAUAAUUAAAUAUACAUAUUAAAUUUACUAUUAAAAAAGAAUUAAAGAAAUGUC